CAAUUUUCUGUUUUUCUUUGAUUGUUGUUACUUUCAUUUGGAGUUUAAUUUGAUUUUCUACAAUUAAAUUGAAAUUUUACUAAUCAAUUUAUAUCAAAUUCUUUAUAGUUUUUCUGUCACUUGAUGUUCAUCUUUAUGUUCAAUCUAAAACUCACUCGAUCCUAACAAUAAUCAUCUCUCUCUCUAUUAUCUUACCUAAUGAGAUUUAAAUUGUCACCCAGAGUAAUUAAUCAAUUUUCCUAUUAUUCAACAAGUGAAUCAAUUGGUUUGUACAAUAAUCGAUCGUUAAAUGUUUGUCUCUUUGGCCAUCAUCAAUCAGGGAAAACUGUCCUUUGUUCAACAAUUACUAAAUUAUUGUCAAAGGUAAACUCAACUCGUCCUGUACCAAUCAAUUUACUUGAUUCAAAUGAGGAUGAAAAAAAAUUAGGAUCAACAAUUAACCUCUCAUUCGCUCCCAUAAACACUGGUAAUACCAAAGUGACUUUAAUUGAUUCUCCUGGACGAGAUGACCUGAUUAACGUUAAAAUCCAAGGAUUAAAUCUUGCUCACAUUGGUAUUCUGGUUGUGUCCAAUGAUCAUACCAAUUUAAUUGAAACAAUUAACUAUGAAUUAACUUUGGCAAAGCAUUUCAAUCUCAAGGAGAUAAUUUUAUUUCUCAAUGAUAAAACGCCAGUGACCAGUGACCCGAUAAUCGAUAACGAUGAGGCCAAAAAACGGCAAAUUCAAAGUCUUCUCAAUGAAUAUGGUUACAGAGAUAAUCUAAUUGUUUCAGGAAAAUCUAUUCAACAAUUGAUCAAUCAUAUCGAUCAAUAUCCAAUACCCCAAAGAAAUGUUCAAUGUCCGUUAUUUAUGAAAAUUGUCCAGGCCAAAGUAUUUUCCCGAAACGAUGCCUACAUUUUGGGCUACCUGGAGAAAGGUAAACUCGAGGUAGGUCAAAAUGUGACCAUUAUCGGUAAAGGUCGUGAAUUUGAUGUGAACAUUUCAAAGAUCGUAAGUUCACCAAUGGGUUUCGAGAAAAUUGAGUCUGGACAUUUAUGUGAAUUAAUGAUUAGAGGAGAUCGAUGUAAAUGGAUAACCAAAGGUAUGGUAGUUACGGAACCAGGAAUUUAUCAAGCCAAUGAUAACAUUGAUUGUCUAAUUAAACCAUUUCCAAUUAGUCCUGAUGAUUUUAAGGAGAAAAUUGAAAAUCUAAAAUCAAUUAAGUUGGUUUACUCAGAUCAAAUUUCGUCUCGAUGUUUCAUCACUAAUAUUAAUCAUAAUUGUCACGAUGAGGUGACAAUUAAUUCACAACAAUCAACUUACUUGUACAAAUGUAAUUUAAAAUUAAGCCAUUCAUUAAUUUUAUCCAAUCAUCAACCAAUUGCACUAGGACAGGAUAAAAAAUUAAUUGCUCUUGGACAAGUUGAUUCAAUAUUGACCAAUCUAAAAGCUGAUGACAAAUUGAAGCUUUUUAUCAAAGUAUAAUUGAUAACAAUUAGGAAUCAAUUAGCUUAAUAUCAAUCGAUAAUCAACAACAAUCAUAGAUGAAGUUAACACCCAACUCUCAUCCAAAAUUCAUCAUCAUUCAUGUCAGAGAAACAAAAUUUCAUUGAUUAAUUUGAUUAUCUUGUAUGUAGACUGUUAAUUUCUCAGCCCAAGUUUGAAAUAUAUUUAAAUUGUUGAGUAAAUUUAGAAAAUUAGUUAACUUAAAA